AUGGGUACAACUGCCAGUGCUGCACCACAGCCCGUUUCGGUAGCGUCGCCGCUUGAGAGUGUCCAUGGCAACGGGAUGGCUGACAGCAGGCAGUCACUUAGCAUGAGCCCCUACCAGACAGUCAACAUCCACAACAACAAGGCCAAGUCCAUUAUCACCAACAAAGUUGCACCUGUCGUCAUCACAUACAAUUGCAGACAGGAGUUCCAGAUUCAUGAUGAGAUCCUCAAGGCCAACUACAAAGUUGGCCGGAUAUCCGACUCCAUGCCCGAGCACUACCUGGUGCAGGGGGAGUACUUCAUGGUCCAAGAUGUGUACAGUAAGGCAGAUGUCCUCAGCACCACAAGCAGCUACGGAGUCCCCAACUUCCGCCAAGUGAAGGGAUCUUACCCACUGUAUGGGAUGGGUCAGCCCAGCCUGAACGGCUUCAAGCAGGUUCUCCAGAGACUCCAGGCACAAGGACAUGAGGAGAUUAUAUUCUUCUGUGUAAGAGAGGAGCCAGUGGUGUUCCUCCACAAGGAGGAUGACUUUGUGCCAUACACCCCUCGGAAGAAGGAAAAUCUCCACGAAAACCUCCACGGACUGGAAAGGGAUGUGAUGGUGGAGAGCCUGGAGCUCACCAUAAGAAACGAGCUUCAUGACUUCGCCAAGCUCAACGAAAAUAUCCUCUAUGUUUAUAAUGACAUCGAGUUCUUCAAAGAUGAGCCACAGAAGAUAUCUAUCACGUGUGAGGAGGACAUCCAUGUGACCGAAGAGGUCUAUAAGAGGCCCGUGUUCACUCUGCCGGCCUACAGGUACUACAGAUUACCACUACCGAUGGAGGGAGCCCCAUUGGAAGAAGACUUUGAUGCGUUCGUGACCAUACUCAGGGAGAGUCGAAGCUUGUCUCUGGGCUCCGAUGCGUCCCGGCAGCUCCCUGCUCUGCUGUUCAGCUGCCAAGUGGGCGUCGGCCGCACCAACCUCGCCAUGAUCCUGGGCACACUAGUGAUGAAUCGCCUCAGGGGGGAUUCACAGCCUCAAGUUGAGGAGUCAGCCCCCAUGGAGUCCAGACCACUAUUCCAAAUAGUUCAGACUCUGAUCAACAAGCUGCCGAAUGGACAACAGCUCAUGGAAGAGGUUGACCAGGCUAUUGGCUUGUGUUCCGAAAUGCACAACAUAAAGGAAGCAAUGUACGAAAACAAGAGUAAGCUGGAAGGGAUCGGAGAAGACUAUCAAAUCCAGGGAAGCAGCACCAAAGACUACUUUCUCAACAGAACCAUGCAGAGCUUGGAGCGCUACUUUUACUUGAUUGUAUUUAAUGCCUACUUACAUGAACAGUACCCGCUUGCCUUCGUGUCCAACUUCAGUCAGUGGAUGUGCUCCCACCCUUGGCUGUACAGGCUGCUGGCCUGCAUGGAUCUGUCGGAGCUUUCGGCUCCGGCUGAGCUGGUCACCAGAGGAGCCCGCGUACUGGCAAUUGGAGCAGUUCUGGCCCAUCUGACAGAUGAAAAGAGGAAGCACAGCCACGUGUUGUGGGUAGACCUGCAGGAGGAGUUGGUGCUCGAAGGAAAUGGGCAGAUGUUCACUCCCAGAGAACCCCUGUGUCUGGACCAACACAUUUUUGUCCCAACAAGUGACCCAGAGCAACUAGAGAAACUGGAGACGUCCCUUAAGGAGGAGAUCUUGCGAGCUCAGAAAUGGUUGGAGGUGACACUGGAGCAGGAGAAACAGAUGAAGAUGUUUAAAACCUGCUUGACUGUUCAGGAGAUCUUCAACCAGCACAAAAGCUCCCACCGGGGCCUCAUGUACAAACGCAUCCCUCUGCCAGACUGCAGCGCACCCGGGGAGGAGGAUUUUGAUACUGUGUUGAAGGCCAUGAAAGGUACUUUGGCUGAGGAUUCCCAUUCAGCUUUUGUCUUUCAUUGCUCCAAUGGCAAAGGCAGAACCACGACUGCCAUGGUUGUUGCUGUUUUGACCCUCUGGCACUUCAAUGGUUUUCCAGAGUUUGCUGAUGAUGAGAUUGUGAGUGUUCCCGAUGCCAAGUACACAAAAGGAGAAUUUGAGGUUGUGAUGCAGCUGGUUCGUCUUCUCCCUGAUGGCCACAGGAUGAAGAGGGAGGUGGACCUGGCUCUGGAUUCUGUCAGCGAGACCAUGACACCCAUGCACUAUCAUCUGAGAGAGGUCAUCAUCAGUACUUACCGACAGUGGUCAGAAAAUGUGUCCAUGAUAGCGUUAAAGCUUGUUUACAUCGGGACACAACUUUAA